AUGGGCUACCAAACCCCCACCACCUGGUUUUGCUCCGAGAGCCCGCGUUGGCUAGUCUCCAAGGGGCGUAUUGAAGAAGCGAGGCAGAUUCUGAUCAAGUAUCAUGGCAAUGGCGUCGAAGAUGAUGUCGUCAAGGCGGAGCUACAGGAGAUCAUUGCAGGCCUGGACGCUAACAAGACCACGCUGAAGCCUAAUAAGGAAGGCAUCAAAACGAUUCUUGGCUCCAAGCGCAACCGUCACCGUCUGUGGCUGAGCUUCUGGACUGCAAUCGGUUCUCAAUGCCUCGGCAGCAACUUUGUCUCGACUUACUUGCCUCUUAUUCUGGACCAGGUCGGCAUGACUACCUCCAAGGACAAAAAGCUCAUCAACGGUUUGGUCAACAUCUGGCAGUGGGUCUACGCCGUUACCGCAGCCUUUGUCAUCCCUCGUGUUGGACGACGCACCACUUUCCUGACGGCCACCACUGGUAACACUGUCACGUUCAUUAUUUGGAUUGCUUUGGCCGCUACAUACCUCCGUGACCCUAAAAAUGGCUAUGGUAUCGAUACCAUUCUCGUUAUCUUCGCCUUCUCCUUCUUCACAGCCAUCUGCUGGAUCCCGCUGCUCAUCACGUACCCACUUGAGAUGGUUACCACUAAGCAGCGAGGUAUUUUCUUCUCUUGGACAAUGUUUUGCGUCAACGCAUCCAACUUUAUCGCCAGUUACCUGAAUCCGGUAGCCCUGGAGAACAUUCAAUGGCGGUACUAUAUCGUACAGUGUGUCUUCAACGCCUUGGUUCUGGCAAUUGUCUACUUUACCUUUGUGGAGACGCGUGGUCUCACCUUGGAGGAGGUGGCAGUUAUUUUCGAUGGAAGUGAGGGCUUCGACUACUCAAAUGCCAUGAUGAGUGCCGGAAUGGAGAAGGAAGUUGAGUUGGCUGAGACGACGCACGAGGAUGAUGCCACCACCAAGGGCACAGCCACAAAGACAGUCUAA